CCCGCCGCCCGCGCCCCGCGGCCUGCCGCGCCCCGCGGCUGGCCGCCGCCGCCCGAGGCCGCCGCGGCAUAUGGGGGCGCCGGCCGCGCCCGAGGUCUCUGAGGUGCUCGAGGCUCUGGAGGCCACGCUGCCGGAGGACGCGCCCGCGGGCCACGAGGCGUGGCAGAAGGUCAAGUUUACGGACAAGCGUGCCGGGCCGUAUUCGUACUUCUAUUUUGGGUCGCAGAGGUUCCAGACGACGCUGAAGAGCUGCCUCACCGAGCAGGCCCUGCUGCGCGUGACCCGAGCCUGCUACGUGAAGUUCUCGGAGGGGCAGCCCAAAGAGCGCGUCAUCGAGUUCAGGGACCAGGUCUACGACAGGAUCAAGGGGAUCCCUCCCGAGAAGCGGCGGAGGCUCCUCGAGGCGACUGGCGCCGCCCUGGCCGCGCCACCAGCGGCGGGCGCCGAGGAGAGCAAAACCUACGCGACCGCUGAGGGCGCGCGCAUCGCCGACGCCAUUGCGAGCGUGCGCCGCAGGUCCGCGAACGCGAAGGCCAGCGAGAGGCGCCGGCGGAAGCGGCAGAAGCAGGAGAGGCGCCUCGCGGCGGGCUUCGCGGUGGACGGCGCAGGGGCGGAGCGCGGCGUCGACGACGAGCCAGAGCGAGUGGCGAAGGCGAAGGCGAAGGAUAAGGCGAAGGGCGAGGGCGAGCCAGGCGGGGGCAGCGCCCAGCCUGCGGGGCGCGAGGAUGCGCCCGAGGGCCACGAGGCCUGGAGCAAGGUCCGCUUCGCGCCGUCGACGAACUCGGUGAAGCUGAACCUGGGCACCCUGAAGCUGAACCUGGCCUUCCAGACGACGGUGAUAGCGUGCGGGGGCAGCCGGGACGAGGCCGAGCGCGUCGCCCGCCUCUGCUGGGUCAAGUUCGCGGAGGGCGCCAGCAGGGACGAGGUGGUCGCCUACAGGCAGGCCUUGUACGACGCCCUGGCCCAGGGCGCCCGGGCAGGCGCGGCGCCCGCCCGGGCGGCCGCGGGGGCCGGCGCACACGCGGGCGACGAGGUGGCCGACCUGGAGGCCGCGAAGCGGGACCUGAAGGCGCAGGGCCGACUCGAGGGCUCGCUGCUCGUGGAGGGCCGCUCCGCGGAGAGGAAGAACGCCUCCAUCAACGGGCUCUACGCCCGCCGCGCCGCGGACCAGGACGGCCACGGCGCCUACGAGAAGGUUGGCGCCGACGCCGCGGCGAGGCCAAGGUUCUUGUACUACUGCCGCGAGAAGUCCCGCUGGAAGAUCGACUGCAAUAUUCGGGCAAAAAGAGCGGCUUCGCGUACCUGA